UCGCAGCUGCUUUGCGCGCUCCGCCAGACCCGAGCAAGGGCGCAUCGAAGCCGCGCGGCGAAGAGCGGUCAGCUUCAGCCAUGUCCGGUUCCCCGUACCUGAACGAAUUGCAGCUGAGGAACCUGAAGGCCCAGUAUGAGGCCCAGAACGCCAGCACCACUGCCUGCCAGAUCCAGGAGCUAUUGGACUCCGUGAACACCCUCCAGGUUCAGGUCGGGAUCCUGGGAGAAUGUGGCGCUGGGGUGAGCACGCUGGUUCAGGCUCUGGUGGACAAGCCCCGCCGGGUGGCGGACCCCUGGGCUUAUUUCCGGGAAGCCCCGAAGCCCACCAAGCAGGCGGUCACCCACCCCCACCCCACGUACCCCAACCUGACCCUGUACGACCUGCCGGGCUUCGAGGCGUCUGAGGAACCAUCUGCCUAUCUCAAACGCUUGGGCGACCUGGGCAGGUACAGCUGUGUGGUGGUGGUGGUGGGGAGCACCAGCUUGAGAGCGGCCCACCUGCAGGUCCUCAAGGCCCUCAAGCAAAAGGGGAAGGCCGUCCUCGUGGCCCGCACCAAGGUGGACUUGGACCUGCACACGGCAGAGAGGCGGCUCCGGGCCCGCUACAACCCCGGCGAGCAGCUGGGGCUGAUCCGAAAGGAGCUGGCGGAGAAGUUAGCCAAGGACGGGAUAGAUGCCAAGAAGAUUUUCCUGGUGUCUGGGCUGGAGACGGAGAGAUACGAGUUUGGCCGCUUUGAGGACAGCCUGGAAGGAGAGGUGCUCAACUUGAAGAGAAGCCAUGAUGGGACCCUCGAGGACUUGACAGCCGUAAGUCAGAAGAAGAUCUCGGAGCUAUAUGAGAUUUGCCAUUCCGGCAGCUUGUCUGAAGUCCUGGCUGUGAUCCAUUCGGCUUUGGAGGAGCCCGCACAAAUCCGGUUGGAUGUCGCAGUGAUAGGGGAAGCCGGCUCUGGGAAGUCCUCACUCGUCAACGCCCUGAGAGGAGUGGGCUGCGGGGAGCCGGGUGCAGCUCCCACCGGGGUGACCGAGACCACAAGGAAAGCCACCGCCUACCUUCUCCCGACCGUCUCCAACGUGUACCUGUGGGAUCUGCCGGGAGUCGGCGUGACGGAGGAGGACGUGAGCCACCUGGACCUCGCCCGCUACGACUUCUUCCUGCUGGUGGCCUCUGAACGCUAUAAGCACGCCCACAGCUGCCUGGCCAGGGCUGUCGCCUCUGCGGGGAAGCAGGCCUUCUUCGUGCGGACCAAGAUCGAUGUGGAUCUGGAGGCCCGGCCCGGGAGUCAGCCCACCCCCAAAGAGGAGCUGCAGGAACAGGUGCGGAAGAGCUGCGAGGAUGCGCUGAGGAAGGACGGCAUAGACUCACCGUGCGUCUUUCUGGUCUCCUGCCUCGCGAACCAAGCCUAUGACCUUUCCCUCCUCCAGGAAGCCCUCAGGAGCAACGCCCCAGACUUGAAGAGGAAAGCUCUGAAGAGAGCCAUCCCGACCGUCCUGUCCCGGCUAGUGAGACGGAAGGCCAAAGUGCUGAUGAGGGACGUGUGGGGCAAGGCCCUGCAGCUCUGCCUCUCCUGUGUGGAGAACGCCAACCUGGCUGCGGCCGACAGCCUCAUCGUCACCAUCUCCAGCUUCUGCAUUGACUUCGGCCUGGAUGAAGCGUCCUUGGAGCGCACCGCACAGGCCACAGACAGAGCGGUCCAGCUGCUGCAGGCCAAGAUCCAGAGCCCCUUUGCUAGGCCGCUGAGCUCGGCGUACGUGCUCAGCCUCUUCACCAAGCCAGCCUCGCUGACCAACUGGGUGUGGAGCUACGUGCCGUACUAUGGGCGGGGGGCCAAUGUGGAGCCCAAGAUCUCCUUCGAGUCCAUCUACAGGAUGCUGAAACAAGUCGUGGUGGAGCUAUCCGAAGAUGCUGAGAGGGUGCUGCAGACGGCGUACGUGGAGGACUAGGGCUGAGGAGGAGGGGGCAGCAGUAGCCCCCGCCCCCCGCCUUGACAGUGUCGGCUGUCAAGUAUAAAAAAAGAAGAGAACUAUCUUCGAGCCGGACAAGAUCAACAUUUCCGAGGACUGCGUCGUGAAACGGCACUAAGACGGAUAUUUGAAAGUCAAGGUUCCAGCAAUCUUAAUUCGAUGACAUUGUGGGGGAUGCCGUUGUGACCCUUUGAUCCCAAGCACUGUAACAGCAAAGAGAUGUAGAAACGGAGACCUGGUCCUUGUUGAGAUGGGAAGCCGGUGACUGGACCACUUCGGAGUGGUGCGGGGAGGCUCAUACGAUUCAGCGUUCUUCUACAUAAUCCAUUCCCUCCAUGCACAAAACUAGAUGGCAAGGGGACGGCUAUAUGCUAGAAUCUUGCUCCCUGCAAUGCUAGUCUUCUGUGGGCAGGGAGCUUUUCCUUUUUCUUUCUCUCUUUCUGUAGGGAUGCGGAGUCCACUGUAUGAACCUCCACCUGAAGUAAUACAGGCCACAUCCAAGUUUACUACCUUCUUCACUGUUUUGAGAGAAGCAGGCCUAAAACCUGAUGUCCCAAAUCCUACAGAGCUCUGCAACGUGUGCAUGCUUAAGACGGGAGCCUCUCGUUUGCUCUUUGCUGUUGAUCGGUACCUGUUUGCAGCAUUUGUAAACCCAUUGCUUGCACAUCUGUUUGUGCAGCGGCACAACCUCCAACAACUACUUGCAGCACAGUUCAAACUGCACAGGCAGAAAUUGCUCUAGUUGCAAUCAGAGCUAGGUUCAAGCACGUGCCUGUCCUUGCACAGCUGCAUCUAAUUUAUACUUCGUCUUUGCUUGUUUGCGUGAAUGUGUGUGUGUGUUUGUGUACAGCCUUGCUCUUUCAGUCAUCCCAGUUCUUUGCACUAGCAAAACACGUGGGAAAACUGCUUGUGAAUACAGGGGCUCUCCCAAGCGAAUCACUUCAACCUCCCAGCCCUCAGGCCUUGCUUGACUUUGAACAGCAGAGAGUUUGGCAGGUGGUGUUGUGGGGAGGGUCUAAAGUCCUAGUCUGCGUUGUUUGCACAAAGCUUCCUGUGUUUAGUUCAUUGGAUCCAGGCCUAGACAGGCAGAGACUAAAGGGUGCUCUUACUUUGCAGAAGCACAAACUUUCAAGGGAUGGCUGACACUUGAUCCUAGGGUGGUCACAUGCAGAAGAGGACAGGAAUCCCGCUUCUUCAAUAGUUGCAGAAAAAGGGGAAUUUCAGCAUAACAUUCCCUCUUCUGCUAAAGGUGCAAGAGCCCUGCCUUCUUAUAUACGUGGCUGUCCUUGUGCCAACACACCAAGCCAGCAGAGUUCCCUGUGAAUGUAUGUUGAGAAUUUAGAGCCUGUGCAUGUCGCACUGCCUAUGCCACCACAAAAUGGGAAGCGAUAGAGGUCAGCCCCUGGAGAAAAGAGCUUGUCUGGAUGGGCUGUUCAUGGAACUCUCUUCUACAUGGGGUGUAUCCAUGCUGACCUCUUGAUUCUUUGUGGAGGUUCAGCACAAGUACGAUAGGUAACUUUGGACUACAAUCCCCAUCAGCCCCAGCCAGCAUGGGCAAUGGUCAGGGAUUAUGGGAUGUGAAGUCCAAAACAUAGGGUGGGCACUGCCCACUCUUCCUGCUGGGCUCAUGCUCUGAGAUUGCUUUUGGGGGUGUCUGUGUGAAUGAAUCGUGGGGAGAGAGAAAUUUCUCAGCCAUCUAGGGGAUCCCAACUCAACACAAACUUGUUCAAAAGAGCAAGAGUAGCCCAUAGCCCUGAAUUUUCCAAUGUCAAAGCAUCAGUGGCAGGGUGAUGAUGGCAAGAAAGGAGCUGUCUUGACCUCUACAGCCGUAUGGUGCAAGCCCUGUGUCACACAACGUGCACUGGGAAUUGGACCUCUUGGGUCAUCAUGUUGUUUAGCCCAGCUCAAAAGAACGAACCAGCACGUUUCUUUCUGUUGGUGCGGCAGAGCAAAUGAGUCACCCGCUGUGGCUUUUCGGUUAAUUGCAGAUUGCACUACAAGUAGUUGCCAUAAUUCCCUACAAAUUGCUUGCGUGAAAAUAGGAUGACGCCUCUGGAGUGGAGCCAGCUGUUUAUUGAAGGCGCCUCCUAGCCAGUAUUUAUGCAGCUAGCAGCAGUCUAUUCACAGCUACACAACACUAUCACACAGACCUGAUCAAGGCAAGACUUGAUUUAUGUCGGUUUCCUGUAUGGUAAUUUUUUAAAAAAUAAAGCCGUGGGAAAUUAUGUUAUA